GUGCUUCUCUCUGUGUCCCAAACAAAGUGUCACAAAGAGCUCGGCCCGCGGCAGCCGCGGAGGCGGCUGUAACUCUGCUUUUGUUCUCCUGGCCCGGGGUAGCUGAGCUCUGGCCUCCCUAUGUCCCAACCCUGCCCCCAUCGGCCUCCUGGAUUAUUUUUCCGCGGGUGGAGUAUGGGGUGUGCCGGUGGAGCCCCUCGUGCGAGAACACAGGUCCUGCUCUGCUUGCCUACCAGUUUUCGAGAGGGACAUUCUCCCAGAGGGUCUCCUACCCACCUCCCAGCCUGAGAACUCAGGCUCUUACAGGCACUAACACUUUUUUAAGGGCCAGCUCUAGUUAGAGGGAUUUAAGGCUGUAGAUAUGCCGGCUCUCUCCCACCCCCUCUGCCCCAGCCUGGGCUCCUCAGAACUUUCAGAAUCGGGGUCAAGUUAGGACAUGCUAGAACAUGGGUCUGGGAGAAGAUUGUUUGCGGGGUGUUGUGCCUCCCUCUCACCUCUCGAUAGUUAUUUGGAAGCCCAUGACUGAAAUUUCAUGCCCCCCUAUCCCUUUUCCAAGAACUGUAAAAGGUGUCGAGGUUCAAUGCAGUGUGUAUUUGAAGCAGCUUUCAAAGCAGUGGGGUUCAGAGAGUCUGUAUGUGUUUUCCGGGUGGUCCUGACUCCGGACAGUCUAAUAAGCCCCCUUUCGAUUUAAUCUCUUCUAUCGAAGUGACUCAUAUUCGUUAGCUGAUUUAGGAGAGGGGAGAUUGCCGACAAGGAAAAAAAUUCAUGUAUUGGGAAUGACCAGGGGCAGAGGCCUACUUACAGCUAGGCCCCAGAGACCCUAAUCCUUUGCUCCUGAACACUUGACCUUAAAAUAUUUUGAACCACAGGACUUGGGGUGGGGGAAUCUUGGUCCUUCAUUUAGCUGAUUCUUCUGUAAGUCUCUCACCACCAUCCUCCGUAGGAUUUGGGGGUCUUACCUUUCUGCAUCAGCUCUCCUAGCGUGUAAAAGUAAUUGGCCUGUUGCUUUGGAAAUACUUCUCAUUCGUACCGCUGGUCCUGCAUCCUGCAGAGACACACACAGGAGCGAGAUAACCCCUGGUUCCCCCCGGGUCUGGAAAGUAGGUCACUGCUACUCCCUGGCCCAGGCUCAGGGGUGGUGUUUAAGCUUUGAGUGUUGAAAAAUGUGAGGCUUGUCCACAGACAAUGCAUGUCUGACUUAGGUUGCAAACCGGGUCACACUCUGUCGCUGCUGGUGCUCUCCUCUAGCGAGAGCAAUUUAUGAGAUCCUGUGCCUGAGACCUGGUUUGAUGGAGAGAUGACGGAAGCCAUCUUGACUGGGCCUAGGAGGUCUCGGUGGAUUUUACUGAUUUUAGGCCACCUUCUGGGAAACUUUCCCUGAGGAGAAAUUCAACUUCCAUUUGGGCCUUCUUAUGUGUCACUGCUUUCCACCCUGGAAACUGCUACAUGCAGUGUGGUUGGUGUUGCUUGGGGGAGGAGGAAGCCGUGCCCCGUUUCUGCUCCUUUUGCCUCAGACAUAAGCCGUUUUCCUAGGAGACAUUUUGCUUGGUGUUUUACAGGCAGUAUUCUAGGCCCUAGCAUCUUCUCAGGAUCAGAAUAUGCGCCCAUAGGUUAGUCAGCUAUGACCAUGCAGUAUUCACACACACACACACGCACACACACACACACACACACACCCCUCCCAGCCAUCUGCUUCCUCUGAAUAUACCAGAUUGGCUGUACACCAGGAUGUUCCGGGAAUCCCCAGGAAAGCAACAGAAUGUGAUGGACUCAAAUACGAUGCCUCAGUAACCCAUUCCAGGAUGUACAAACUGUAACUGUUAUGACAGUCUGUAUAGCUAAUUAAAAUUUUUCUAGGUAUGUGCAUUUUCUAUUCUAUUUUCAGUGGCAUCCAAAAGGCCACAGUAAUUCCCCUGAUACCCCUCCAUAGCUUCUCUGAUGCUCCAUAGUUCCCAAAUAGGAUUUUUUUUUCCUCAUCCACUAGUUUCUGUGUGCCUCUCUAACACUUCCUAGUUCUGUGAGUCUAAGGUGGCCAAAGUGGUGUCUCUGGUGGCCCACUGCACUCUCCAUGGUACUGAAGGAAUGGCUAUUUGUUUUAACAUUUCUUGGGGGUCAGAAGUGUUGUGACUUAAAACCACACAACUUUCAAGUUGGCAGGGACUAUGAAUGUAAAUUUAUUAUAAUUUAUUUCAUAGAUGGUAAACCGAGAGAUGAGGUGACUUGUUCAUGGUUGUAAGACACAGACUUACAAUGGCCUUGUACCCCUUAGUUCUGAUUCACCUUUAUGCAAUUUUCAGUGAGGCUGGUCAGGCUGUUGGUCCCAGUAAAGGGUUUAUUGGGAGGAUCCAUAGGACAAGAAUGGAUGCCUGGAUCUGGACCUGCAGAAACACACAUGUUAAGUGGUUGUCUAGAGAUGCUUGGACAGGACAUUUUGUUACUUUAUCUGUUAAUGCUCUAAGGUCAGAUUCUGCAUGUAACAGGUGUUUGUCCCUCGGUAGAGUCUUGCCACUCCACUCAGUGCUGAAAAUUAGUGCAGCUUCGAAGCCCCAGUCUUUGCUGAUAGGCAGGGCUGACUUCUGGCCCAGUUUGCCUCAAUUACAGAUUUGUAAGCAAAGUAAGGCUUGAGUUCUUUUCUUUCCUAGCAACCCAUUUCAGUUUCAUAAUUCUCACUGUAAGGAAGUUCUUUAUCAAAUAUUAUGUCUGAGGUUAAAUUAAAGAAAGCUAGGCCCAAGUUCAUCUGAGCUGAACAAGAUACAAUUCUGUAUGGAAGGAGGAAGGUAGUUAUGACUUCUGGCCAUCCACUGAAGUCUAAUUCCUGACCCUGUCAGCAGUGAAAUGGCAGGAGAACCUCCCCCUCACCAUCCUCUCCCUCAACUCCCCUCUCCCCUGCCCUGUGCAGCACUUGUCAGGGAUAGGGAAUUUUAGAUGGAGAAUUUUAACCCCUUCCUGCUCGGAGCAUGUGUGGAUCCCCCUAUCUGUGCAGAUGGCAAGGCCCCGCCCCCCGUCCCUCACUCCAGCCUCUUGAGCUCAGAGCCAGUGUAAUCCUCCUCUUGUGUGAGGAAGCCUCUCCCCUGCAGAGAGGAGGAAAGCCUGCCUCGGAACAGCUCUGGACAAAGGGGCUGAGAUGCCCCAUCAAACCACAGGCUCCAAGCACCUCCGCACCUGUUGCCUUCAUUAGCAGCUUUCCUUCCUCCUCCUCCCAAUCCUCAGAACCAGAGAAUGUGAAGGGGGUCCAUGGAGGGCUCACGUCCCCGCAUCUUGGUCGGCCACCUAGAGCCUUCGCCACCAGCUUUCGACGGCGAACUGGAUCUGCAGCACUACUCAAACGGACCAGGUGUGAGCGCCGGGUCUCCUGGGAUGGGAGCAGUGGGCUGGUCUGAGACUCGUGCAGGUGAACGGCGAUUCCCCUGUCCUGUGUGCGGAAAGCGCUUCCGAUUCAAUUCCAUCCUGGCUUUGCACCUGCGAGCACACCCGGGCGCCCAAGCCUUCCAGUGCCCACACUGUGGCCACCGAGCAGCUCAGCGGGCUCUGCUGCGCUCACAUCUUCGAACGCACCAGCCCGAGCGCCCACGAAGCCCUGCUGCACGGCUGUUGCUGGAGUUGGAGGAACGCGCCCUGCUACGUGAAGCCCAACUGGGGAGAGCCAGAAGCUCAGGGGGCAUGCAGGCCACCCCUGCUGCAGAGGGCCCGGCGCGCCCCCAGGUUCCUUCCUCGUCUGCCUUCCGUUGCCCUUUCUGCAAAGGCAAGUUUCGCACCUCAGCGGAGCGGGAACGCCACCUGCAUAUCCUGCACAGGCCCUGGAAGUGCAGCUUGUGCAGUUUUGGUUCCAGCCAGGAGGAGGAGUUGCUGCAUCACAGUCUGACGGCCCAUGGGGCUCCCGAGCGCCCCCUGGCAGCUACUUCUACACCCGAACCCCAGCCUCCACCCCAGCCAGAACCCAGAUCUGCCCUUGAGCCUGAGCCUGAGCCUGAACCGAGGCCAGAGCCUGAACGGGAGGCAAACCCUGCCCCGACUCCUGCACCUCCGGAGGAACCCCCUGCGCCACCUGAGUUCCGUUGUCAGGUGUGCGGCCAGAGCUUUACACAGUCCUGGUUUCUCAAGGGUCACAUGCGCAAGCACAAGGCCUCCUUUGAUCAUGCAUGCCCCGUGUGUGGCCGCUGCUUCAAAGAGCCCUGGUUCCUUAAGAACCACAUGAAGGUGCACACCAGCAAGCUGGGUCCUUUGCGUGCCCCAGGGCCUGGCUCUACUCCUGCCAGGGCCCCUCAGCCUCCUGACCUGAGCCUGUUGGCUUAUGAGCCACUAGGCCCAGCGCUCCUCCUGGCCCCAGCGCCCACCCCAGCUGAGCGCCGUGAGCCCCCAAGCCUUUUAGGCUACCUGAGUGUGCGAGCUGGGGAAGUACGACCCAAUGGUGAGGGUGCUGACCCUGGAUCUGGCCGAAGCUAUGGGGGAUUCCGCCCGCUGCCUUCAGCUCUUCCUAAUCGGGCUCGGCGGCACCGUACAGACGAACCAGAGGAGGAAGAAGAGGUGGUGGAGGCAGAAGAGGAGAGCUGGGCCCGGGGCAGGUCGCUGGGCACUCUGACUUCCCUGCACCCCCACUCAGGUGAGGGGUCAGGACAGUCUGCAUCUGCCACGGGGGCCCAGGCAAGAUCUACGGCCACCCAAGAAGAAAAUGGGCUGCUGGUUGGAGGGACCCGAUCCGAAGCGGGCCGCGGGGCCACUGGCAAGGACUGCCCCUUCUGUGGAAAAUCUUUCCGCUCGGCACAUCACCUGAAAGUGCAUCUUCGCGUGCACACAGGUGAGCGUCCCUACAAGUGUCCACACUGCGACUAUGCAGGCACCCAGUCGGGCUCGCUCAAGUAUCACCUUCAGCGUCACCAUCGAGAGCAGAGGAGCAGUGCAGGGCCUGGGCCUCCUCCAGAACCCCCGCCCCCUUCCCCGCGGGGCUCAGCCUCACUGCAGCCGCAGUCCGGAGCCAAACCAACUCAGGCCUCUGCCACCUGGGUGGAGGGCGCUGCUAGCACCAGGCCUCUUUCGAGCAGCACCGGACCAGGGUCCCGUAGAAAGCCUGCCAGCCCUGGGAGGACCCUGCGCAACGGGAGAGGUGGUGAGGCCGAGCCCCUGGACCUGUCCCUGCGAGCAGGCCCGGGAGGUGAGGCCGGGCCAGGGGGUGCCCUUCACCGCUGCCUCUUCUGCCCCUUUGCCACUGGAGCUCCUGAGCUCAUGACCUUGCAUCUGCAAGUACACCAUAGCCGUCGAGCCCGGGGCCGCCGGCAGCCCCGAGCUGACACAUCUCCACCCUAUGUCCGAGCGCCGUCAGGAGAGACACCUCCCAGCCCUCCGCUAGAAGAGGAGGGCAGCCCAGGGCUGUCUAGAUCUGGAGAGGCAGGUCUUGGGGGGCAAGAGCGGUAGGGAGCCCUCUUAGGAGUGUUUAGCUUAGUAAGCUUAUCCCGCGGGAGCGGGAAAGUGCUAGAGGUAGUUGGGUAGAGCAGCCAGCAGGGAGCAGUGUGGGACCCGUAUCCCAGCCCAAGGUGGACCAAGAGGUAAAGUGGGCAGUGGGUGAAGGAGGGUGGGCAGGCGGUACCCACCCAGCCCCGGGGAGUCACAGUGCCUUAGAAGUGGCAGAGGUGAGGGUCAGAGAACGGGGUCCUAGGGCUGGUAGAGGACGCGCUCCUGUGGAGGAGCCGCCCUGCCAGCCUCUGCUGGUCCAUAGGCACGAGAGUUUAUUUUUGUAUAAGGGGUGGGGGUGGGGGGCACUGUACCCUUCUAGCCCUGUCAGGGGCCCUGUAGACGUUGCUAUUUUUGGUACGAUUCCUGUCAUCCCUGUUGAAGAGUCAUGUCCCCAAUAAACAGGUGUCUUGAGGCACAA